UUGACACAGAGGAUUCAGGGACUGACUAGUUAUGAAACACACCGGUCUGUUUGUUUUCCCUCCUUGUGUCUGUUGUUGUGAUGAUGAUGAGUACUCUGCUCAGGCAGCUCCCAUCUAAGCUCCUAGUGAAGCUCUGGAACACCCUGCAUGGGAGAACAUAAACAAACCCUGGCUAACCCCUUCACUGCUGGUACCUCCUGCAAAAUCAGAGAAGUACAAAGGGCGCUUUUACCCAACAAGGGCUGGACUACAGCCGCUUCCUAGCUGAGAGUAUUGGGAGUUAUUUUCUAGCCUUGACUGUAAGAGCUCACAGCGCCCAGAAACAUUAAGAGUGCCACUCAUGCACACCCACUCAGAGUGACUGAGGUAAGGAAGGGUGGGGAGGACACUGGCAGCUAGGGCUCUCAUUGGAGGAAAGCCGGCACGGAAGCCACGCCCCUCUCCUGUAGGGGGUGGGUAGUGAAGGAGAGGCCGGCGCGUGACAUGCUGUGGUGGGUUCCAGUAAAGUGCUUCUCAUUGCCGGAGUAAGUCGGAGUUCCAGAGACAUUCAACAGGCGGCUGCAGAGAACAGUCUGAGAGCGGGAUCGAACCCUCGGACGCAAAGGUUCUCUUCUAGUAAAGGGACUAUAUCGUCACCGGGACAACGUUCUAUUCUGUCAGAGGGAUUGUGACAGCUCUGGGGCAACGUUCUAUUCCAGCAAUCGGACUGUGCUAACUCUAGGACAAGGUUCUAUCACAUUAAACGGACUGUAGAAACUGUGGGGCAACGUUCUAUUCCAAUAAUCGGACUGUGCCAAUUCUAGGACAACGUUCUAUCACAUUAAACGGACUACAGCAACUGUGGGGCAACGUUCUAUUCCAGUAAUCGGACUGUGCCAUAUCUGGGACAACGUUCUAUUCCAUUAAACGGACUGUGUUCGAUCUGGGGCAAUAUUCUAUCCCUACACUUUAACGGACCGAGUUGAUCUGGACAAGAUUCUGUUUUACUGAGGGAUUGUUCCUGCUCUGGGUCAACGUUCCAUCAUAGACAGAAGGACCGUGUCUGCUCUGAGACAGGAAAGGGAUUGCGUCUGUCUUGGGACAAGCUUCAGCACAGACUGGCAAGGGGUUUGCUCUGGGCAGGUAGAAGGACCUGGCCACACUCUUCUGUGAGUUUCACCAAGAUAGCACAGCUCCCAUGAAGUGACUAAGUUUGAAAGCAGUUUGGGGCUCUCUCCAGUGUGUUUGCCCCAUCUUUGUGUUUACUGCCCCCUGUUCAGUGGUAAAUUAGGCUGUUAUGGCUGAAGCACUACAACCUCCACCACCUGUGGUGGAGAUAGACCCAGAUUUUGAGCCCUUAGCCCGGCCCAGAUCAUGUACCUGGCCGCUACCCCGACCUGAGUUUAACGCAAACAGUUCUGCUAACUCGUCCCCAGCUCCUUCCCUGCAGCCAGAUCCUGCGGCAGGUAAUGUGGACUUUAUGAGCAAUCUUAGUCUGCUGGAGGAGAGUGAGGACUAUGACCCCACUGAUGCUCUUGGAGUCUGUGGAGAGUUCCAGUGUCAAGAUCUGCGCCAGCUGCAGCACCCACAUCAACCACAGCACACCCAGACUGGGCCACUGCAUGUGUCCCCUGCCCUGCCGGCACUGUCACCUGCCUCCUCCCCUUCCCCCCUGGGAGCCCAGCAGCCCCGCAAGAGCAGCUCCUCCCGCCGCAAUGCCUGGGGCAACCUGUCCUAUGCCGACCUCAUCAGCCAGGCCAUAGAGAGUUCUCCAGAGAAGAGACUCACCCUGUCCCAGAUCUACGACUGGAUGGUCAAAAGUGUCCCUUAUUUCAAGGACAAGGGAGAUAGCAACAGCUCAGCUGGCUGGAAGAAUUCCAUUCGUCAUAAUCUGUCCCUGCACAGCAAGUUUGUGAGAGUGCAAAAUGAAGGAACAGGUAAAAGUUCAUGGUGGAUCCUCAACCCUGAAGGAGGUAAGAAUGGCAAAUCGCCUAGAAGAAGAGCCGCUUCUAUGGACAACAACAGUAAAUUUACCAAAAGCAGAGGAAGGGCUGCCAAGAAAAAAGCCUCUAUGCCCUCAAGCCAAGAUGGGAGUGGAGACAGCCCUGGAUCACAGUUCUCUAAAUGGCCCGGUAGCCCAAAUUCCCACAGUAAUGAUGACUUCGAAGCAUGGAGCACAUUUCGUCCUAGAACAAGUUCCAAUGCUAGCACGAUCAGUGGUAGACUUUCUCCGAUCAUGCCAGAACAGGAUGACCUUGGGGACGGAGAUGUACAUUCUUUGGUGUACCCCACGCCAGGAACCAAAUUAGCUUCUACUUUGCCAAGCCUUUCAGAGGUGGCAAACUCUGAAAACAUGGAGAAUCUCUUGGAUAACCUAAACCUCUUGUCACCAAACACCUCAUUGACUGUUUCAACACAGUCCUCACCUGCUUCAAUGAUACAGCAAUCAGGUUAUUUAUUACCAUCCCCAAACACAAGCAUUGGAUCACCCAGCCCUGAUUACAGAAAGUACAGCUAUGCUCAAGCUGGUAUGAACUCCAUCUCACAGAUGCCUAUGCAAACCGUACCAGACAGUAAAUCAGCCUACAGAGGUGUUGGUCCAUACAAUGUUCCUGGACUUUUAAAGGAACUACUUACAUCCGACUCACCACCACAUACUGAUAUUUUGACUACAGUAGAUCCUACAGUUUCACAGGCCAGCAACAGAGUAUUGGGACAGAAUGCAAUGAUGGCGUCCAACUCUAUAAUGCCGACAUAUGUCAGCCAAUCCUGCCACAACAAAAUGACAACCCUUCCCCACUCACAUCAGCCACAUAGUCAGCCAUCAGCAAUCAAUGGUCGUGCCUUGCCCCAUACAGUGGGUGCCAUGACACACAGCUCUGGCAUUAGCCGCUUGUCAACAGUGAAAACGUCAUCACAAGUGCAUAUGACUCAAUCCGUUCAAAUGGCAGGCAUGAGUCCAUACCCUGCUAGUAGCUGCAAUGGCUACGGAAGAGUUGUCUCAAUCCAUCAAGAAAUCCUUCCUAGUGACUUGGAUGACAUGCUGAUUGAAAGCUUGGAUUGUGAUAUGGAGUCCAUAAUCCGGAAUGACCACCUUAUGGAUGAUGACUAUAACUUUGAUAGCAUAUUGCCCAACCAAAGUUUUCCUCACAGUGUAACAAAAAACACGCAUAGCUGGGUAUCUGGAUAAAGAAUAUAAAUUGGUUUUCUCAAUCACAGCAAAGAGCAGUGGAGGUGGAAAUGUCCAAAGAUGCCCAAUGCCCUUCUCCAAAUUUUUGAUAAUUGGUUCCUCUUUUACAAACGUGGCAGAUCCAAUGGGGUUCUUUUGGAUGGAUGUUGCCUAGCGUCUCUGUGUGAUGUGCUGCUCUUUGACCUCUUUUUAAAUAUGAAGUGCCAAACCGACUAGAACUCUCAAUGGGAAAGUCAACUUUUUUUGCCCCUUCUACCAGCUUUUGGAAUACAACUCCUUUGUCCAAUCAUUGUAAUCCAAAAAUCCUGCAAGUUGCCAGAGUGUUUUCUCGUCCCCUGUUGAUUCAGUGCAUGUAUGAGCAGUGAAGAAUUGAUGAACUUGAUAUGUGCAUAUGCUCUUUGAGUAACACCGGACAUCUACCAUAGAGAUUUAAAAAAAAAUUAAUAGAAACUUUGGAAAAGGCAUUCCUAAGCAUUUGGACACCUUAAGCACCAAAUGGGCAACUAACUCAUUUUUUUGCAGUUCUAUUUCCAGAAACUGAGUUUGUCUGUGUCGCUCUUUAUUUUUACCUUUUCUUUCUUUUUUUCUAAAGUAAUGUUACCUGUGUUUGGUAACAAUGUGUUUAGAAACAUCAUUUUGAUUUACUUAAAUACCCAAUCUACUUAGUUUUGUCUAUUUAUUGGACCAAUGUUAAAAAUUAUCCAUAGUUGGUGCUAAACGUUAAUUUUUGAAGGCCAAUAAAUCUGCUUUAAGUAAAACGGUAAGAAAAAAUACUAGAGAAUUGUUGGUGUUUUCCCAUACAUGUAGUCUUAAUAGUAUUACAGAACAGCCUAUCUGGAAGAAAAGCCCUUUGAAUAAUUUUAUGCUGAUCCAGUAAAUGUUUGAAAUAUAUGACGAGAAAUCAAGUCUAACUACAGAGACAAAUUGAUUACAAUGUACAUUGUAGAAAAGGAACGUGUGUGUGUAUAUUGAGGAGCCAGAGGCCAGAGCUAUGUUGGUUACAAGUAAAUUAUAGAGCACAAUAAACUCAAGGCUGUGUUGGUAAACACCGUUCAAGAAAAAAAGUUGGUAGCCCUGCUUCAGGAAUAACGAGGUCUUCAACCUACCUUCGUAUGCAAAUGAACUUCAAAACCGGAGAAUGACAUAUUCACAUAUGUGGUCAAGCUUCUGAUGGCCCAAAAGCAAGAUGUGCUUCUGAAUAGGAAUGGGAGCUAUAUUCUACCAACAAAAACAUUUAGAACUGACCCUUUUGCCCUGUGAGAAUUAAAAAAAAUUAAAUUUGUGGGGGCUGGGGUGGGGGAGAGGGACACACACACAUCAGUUUGAAAAUUUCCAAUGCUGAUAAAUGGAAGCUGAAAAUCUUGUAAAUCAAGGCAGAUAAUCCGUUUUACUUACUUAAAUAUUUGAAAAAUUGGCAUUUUCUUCUUAGAUUAAUAUUCAUUCAAAAUCGUAAAUUAUCAAAGUUAAUAUAUAACAAGUUCAAGGCAGAUGGCGAUUUAAAAAAAAAGAGAGAGAUGUUUUUGGACGGGAUGUGCGCUUUUAUCCCAAAAAUAUUCGGGCUGUGCACAGUUAUCCAAAACCAUUCACUCAUUAUUCGUGUUGAAGUUUACUUCCGUACCCAGAUUAACUUAACAUUUUUUUUACAUUUUUAUUUUUCUAAUUUUGUUAGUUUUGUAAAUUCAGCACAAUUACCGUGUUUACUGAAUAGCACUGCUAUUCUCAACUUUCAGUCGCCAACAUGCUCAGCACCAGCUUUUUAUGUAGAGGAUUUGGGUGAGUUAUGGUUAAGAUAUCAUGGACAUUCUUAAAAGGAAAAUGGUAGAAAACCCUGUAAAUAAGAAGUAAAUAUUUCUUCAUUUUGCCUUAAAAGUUGUGUAUAAAUGUUUGUAUCGCCUGCUUAGUUAAUUCCUGAAAAUAAGUUAGCAUUUUUUUUACCUUUUUUUUUUUUAACAACCUUCUUAUGAGACUGAUUUACGAAUACCGUAAAGUGUUUUAAUAUGCUUUGAUUGCUUGUUAUUGAUGCUUUACCCCCUUUUCAUCUGUUUGGGGGGGACUGUGAUGCAAUAUAGAAUAAAUCAUUGCUAUCCUCUCUUACCGUGAGAGAGUGAACUGUUGUAUUUAUUUUCUAGAGGUUUCACAAUGUAUUAUUAAAUGCUCAUGUCCAUUUUAA